AUGUCACGUCUAGAUUCAUUGACGCCUUCAAGAGCUCGGUCUAGAGGAUCUCAGUCACCUUCGCCGUCACCUGGACCAUCACCUCUUCAAUCUCAAUCGACCGAAACGACCCAUCAUAGAAUGCUCAAACUUGUUCUAUCAGAAACGAAGAAAUUGUUUAAAACGUGGGAUGAAUUGAUCAUUGUUGACGGAUUCAAAGCUGCCAAAGGAUGUAUUGACGAAUCUACAGAAAUGGAUAAUCUAUUGACGGUCGAGGAAAAACCUGAGAGACCAGAGAUCAACCCUCAUUUAAAUCAAUGGUAUUUCCAUCGACAUUCUCUAGAAAGUACAUUGAAGAAACUCGAUAAUUACCUAUACAAAUUAUCUGCUUUAGCUGAACAAGCUGAAAAGAUCUUUUUUGGAGCAUAUACUAGAGAAGGAGCAGAUUUCGUUUUUCAGGAGCCAUUAUGGUUGACUUGGACAUUAGAGAGAUUUGUCAAUUCAUUCUCCCCAUUGAUAUCAUUGCAUUUCGCUCAUCUAGCAACCAUAACUUCCUUAUCCCAAACCAUCUUGAAUCCGGAUACGUCUUUCGACGACGCGAAAUAUACUUUGGAAGCAUGGAGAGAUAUAGCUACCGGAGGUGAAAGAUGGGUCGCCGUAAGGGAAUGGGAAGAAUUGGUGGAAUUUGAAUUGACAGGUGGGAAAGAUGAAGAUGAGGAAGAUGAACUACCCAUCAAAGGCAAGAAGAAGAAUAAGAGAUAG